AUGAAGAAAAGAGAACCUGAUUUUACAAAGUAUCCAUUAUGCCUUACAAUUGACAUCAGCCCCAACAGACCAACUUUCUUUUCAACAAGGAGUGCAAUAACUUCAUCAUACCUACUAUAUAAUGAAGUUGGAAAAGUAGAAGAAAAUGCAUCAAACAUUGAUAAAACUGGCACAGAAGACAUUGCAGACUAUAUUGACUAUGUCAAUCUUAUGUCAAAAAAAAUUAUAGAAGAUGCAAAUGAAACGAACUUCGAGAAAGAAGAAGAGAGCGACAUAAAUGAAGAAUCAGUGAUCUGCAACAAAAAUGAAGAAGAAAUUGUUGUGUCUCAGAUAUACAAAGACAAGAAGACCUUGAAGAAUGUUUUGAGUCAUUAUGCUAUCAAAAACAAUUUCCAGUAUUGUGUGCAAAAGUCUUGUACAAAAGAGUAUCUAGUUGUUUGCCUUGACAAAAAUUGCAAGUGGACAUUACGAGCAUUACGAAAUGGAAAGACAAAUCAAUUUAUAAUCAAGAGCUUUCAGCAAAUUCACACUUGUGCGCUUGAAAUAAGGUACAAAGGCAAACGACAAGCAACUUCAACAAUUAUUGGAGAUAUGAUCAAACACAAAUUCAAUGAUAUCAAAACAAUGUACAAAGUUGUUGAUAUAAUGAAUGACAUGAAGCAUGAUCAUGGAGUGAAAGUGAAGUAUAGCAAAGCUUGGAGAUCUAGAGAAAAGGCCAAGGAAAAAGUUCUAGGAAAUGCAGCCCAAUCUUAUGUUGAAUUACCAAGUUAUCUUCACAGGUUCCACCUUACAAAUCCAGGAUCUAGAGUUGAUCUCAAAACAGAUGAUAAUGGGAUAUUCCUAUAUGCUUUCGUAGUGUUGAAUGCUUCUAUAAAAGGUUGGCCCCAUUGCAUACCAUGUGUAAUAGUUGAUGGAACUUUUAUGAAGUCAGCAUAUGGAGGAAUAUUACUAGCUGCAGCAACUCACAAUGGAGAAGGUAAAAGUUUUCCCUUAGCAUAUGGUGUAGUUGACUCGGAGAAUGAUGAUUCUUGGGAGUUCUUCUUUGAUAAAUUCAGGAAAGCAUAUGGAGUAAGAGAAGAUAUGAUAAUCAUUUCAGAUCGACAUGAAAGCAUCAUAAAAGCAGUCAACACAGUAUACCCAAAAGUACCACAUGGGGCUUGCGCCUACAUUUGUUGA